AUGACAGAUCUUGACGGCUCUUUAUUCCAAAGGAUGUCCUCGAAGAAAAAUAAUCAUACCGAAAAUGAAAGGAAGUCACUCGUCUACGAUAUUACCACAAAAUAUUUGACGGUGGAAUGGCUCACACUUAACCAACGGCGAGAGACCAAGGAGACCAACACAUCUAACGUGUCUGAUAAAGAGGCCAAGGAAACCAACGAGCCUGUGGACUUGACGUAUUACCCGUAUCCCAUUCCAGGAUGUAACAACCAUAUCGAUGUACGUCUAACGGCCCGUGAGGCUUGGGAAGAAGAAGACAAUCAUCAGGUUAUAUGGCAUCGAGUUAAUUUUAGCCCGUGGCGGUUUGGUUUGAAAAGGAACGAUCGCCACGCAGGCAAAGACUAUACGCAAACGCUCUAUAUAAAGCGGUCUGAGAAUUCUGAGGUGUUUGGGAGUCUGAAGCGAAUUAACCCGAAUGGUGAGGAUAUGGGGGCAUUUAAGGGUAAAGAGAGCUUCUUUCCUUCAAGAAUUCAGAAUUCUUAUUGGCAACGUCAACUUAGAAUUGCGGCUGCAGAAGACAUCUAG